CGACACUAAAACGCUCUUUUAUACAACGUUUUGUGGUAGGGUUAGCAUAUAACCGCGUCUUCCACAAGCGUUUUGUUCUGGAAAAUUAAAAACGCUUCCCAGAGGCGCGGUUAUUAUGAAAAUCGCUUCUUGGAGGCGCGGUUUUAAAUAAAGGGUGGUAUUUUUGGAAAUUCUUUGGAGUGGGUGGUAUUUUUGUAAUUUUUUUUUAAACAGUGGUAGUUUUGGAUUUUUUCCAGAUUGUUAGGAUUAGAGAUUUCAAAAUCUCUCAUAUGCAGGUUUUUAAAAUAGCCGAUGGGGACCAGCUAUUUCACAAUCCCUCAUUUUUUAUUGCAUUUUCCAAAGCCUACCCUCCUUCAUCGGUGUUAUUCCUCUUCUCAUAUCAUCUUCAACUUAUUAUUCCGACUUCUUCUUUCUUUUCUUCGACCAUCCUCAACCGACAUCAAUAGUGAGAUAAUCUCUGAUCUCCUCCGACGACCAAGGAUAAGAUUACGGCGAGAUUUCGUUUAAUUCAUUCUUCUUCUCUUCAAUCAUUCUUCUGGGCUCUGAUCCGGCGAAAUUCGAUCGAUUGCUUCAUCGAGUGGAAGCUAGGAUUCUCCCUCUCGACCCCUCCAUGUGCCUUCCUUCCCCGCAACCGAAAAAGGUAGCUGCUCAAGCAAGCGCCAUCGGCGAUGAUGCAGAGAUGGGGUUUUAUCGAUGGGGAGAUUGCAUGUUCUGCGUAACUAGGUUUGUAAGGAAGAAGACGACGAGAAGAGCGGCGGAGGUUUUUGGGGCCAUGAAUCUGUUCGCCGACGGAGAUUUUGUGUCGAUUCCUGUUCGAAUCGAAUCCGAAGCCCACAACUCAACUUCUCUCGACACUUCUGUUCAUUCCCAUCGAUGGGUAGAUAAGUGGUUGGUGGAUUUUGGGUCAAUUUCCGUCGCCGGUUUCUGGCUUACUCGCCAACCCCGCCGCAUCUCGAUGAAACCAAAAAUGGUCCUAGAUACUGCGAUUGCGCUGAUGGAAGAAGAAGCGAUGGAAGAUGGAACCUAGCCUUGUGAAGAUGGAAGAGUUGCGAACUGUGGAAGGAGGUCUGGACUUCAUAUUGAAAUUGCUACAACAACACUCAAUUGCCAAAGGGAGAUCUUGUUUCUGGUUUUCUUCGAGUUUCUAUAGCUGAUUGGGAGCUUCAAUUUUGGAACUGGCGCUGACGGGAGAUUGACGGAAAUUGGCGGAGAGUGAAAGGUUGAAUAUGGAAAAUCGGCAAAGAUUGGAUCAAUUGGAUGGAGAUUGGAUGAAGCAGGGAGGAAGAGAGGGUUGCUCGGUUUGGCCAAGGAAGAAGGAGGAAGUGGGAUUUAUGGGCACAUUUGUAAUUUUGAUUUCACUAUUAAAAACCCUUAAUAAUA